UCUAACAUGUUUAAUGAGCGGCUUUCCGCUGAAAAGACUGGAUUUGGAAGGUUUUAGGCAAGAUGGGGAAACCAAGCUGGUAAAAGAAACUGCACGGUUGCUUGGGUCCUGGCCCCGGACAGCCUCUCUUUCAUUACUCGGGCAUAAGCUGCUGCACGGGAGGGCGGGGCCAAGGCCCGCGGAGGCCCUCAGUGGCGAGCGCGCCCUCAGUCAAGAUGGCGCCUAGAAGACUUCAGACCUGGGGCGGCGCUGAUUGGAUGAGGGUCGGAGAACUUCCGGGAGUUCUCCAUCCGAUUGUGGGACAGCUGAGAAGAGUUUGCACGUGUAUCGUGGUUCGAGUGGACUAGAUGGAGACGGUCCCCAAGCUGGGCAAUAAUGUCACGCCCAAGAAAGACAAACUUCAGGGCAAGAAGAAGAAACCGCGGCGAUACUGGGAGGAAGAGACCACUCAGACUGCUGCCGGAGCCUCUCCAGGUCCACCUCGUAAACGGAAGAGGAAUCGAGAGUUCCGCCCCCAGAAGCCAAAGAACACUCACAGCACAAAGAAGUCUCGGAUCUCCAAGAAGCCCCAGGUCCCGAAGAAACCCCGGGAACGGAGGAGUCCAGGGCCUCAGCGGAGCUUGUCUGGGGCCCAGGACCCAUUUACAGGCCCCGCCCCCGUCCCUGUGGAGGUGGUUCAGAAGUUCUGUCGCAUUGACAAAUCCAAAAAGCUGCCACGUUCUGAGACCAAAAUCCGGAGCCGACUUGAGGCGGCUGAAGCUCAAGAAGAGGAAAUAAGUGUCAAAGCUGCUCGUUCUGAGCUGCUGCUUGCUGAGGAACCUGGGUUUCUGGAAGGAGAGGAUGGGGAGGACACGGCAAAGAUAUGCCAGGCUGACAUCGUGGAGGCUGUGGACAUUGCAAGUGCAGCCAAACAUUUUGACUUGAACUUGAGGCAGUUUGGACCCUACAGGCUUAAUUACUCUCGAACUGGGAGACACUUGGCUUUUGGAGGGCGCCGGGGUCAUGUGGCCGCCCUUGAUUGGGUGACAAAGAAGCUCAUGUGCGAGAUCAACGUCAUGGAGGCAGUGCGGGACAUCCGGUUUCUGCAUUCGGAGGCACUGCUUGCUGUCGCCCAGAACCGCUGGCUUCACAUUUACGACAACCAGGGCAUCGAGCUCCAUUGCAUCCGCCGCUGUGACCGUAUCACGCAGCUUGAGUUCCUGCCUUUCCACUUUCUCCUGGCCACAGCUUCAGAGACAGGGUUUCUGACCUACCUGGACGUGUCAGUGGGAAAGAUUGUGGCAGCUCUGAAUGCUCGGGCUGGACGGCUCAACGUCAUGACUCAGAACCCUUACAACGCCGUCAUCCAUCUGGGACACAGCAAUGGGACUGUGUCUUUAUGGAGCCCAGCCAUGAAGGAGCCACUGGCAAAGAUUCUCUGUCACCGUGGUGGGGUCCGGGCUGUGGCAAUAGAUUCUACAGGCACGCACAUGGCCACCUCUGGCCUGGACCACCAGCUGAAGAUCUUUGACUUGCGAGGGACGUUCCAGCCUCUGAGCACUCGGACCCUGCCCCAGGGAGCGGGGCACCUGGCCUUCUCCCAGCGGGGACUGCUAGCUGCAGGAACGGGCGAUGUGGUCAACAUAUGGGCAGGACAGGGCAAGGCCAGCCCCCCGUCCCUGGAGCAGCCCUACCUCACCCACCGGCUCUCAGGCCACGUGCAUGGCCUUCAGUUCUGCCCCUUUGAAGAUGUGCUGGGAGUGGGGCACAGCGGGGGCAUCACCAGCAUGCUGGUCCCUGGAGCUGCUGAGCCCAACUUCGAUGGCCUGGAGAGUAACCCAUACAGGAGCCGGAAGCAGCGCCAGGAGUGGGAGGUGAAGGCCCUACUGGAGAAGGUACCUGCAGAGCUCAUCUGUCUGGACCCACGAGCCCUGGCAGAGGUUGAUGUCAUCUCUCUGGAGCAGGAAAAGAAGGAACGGCUUGAGAGGCUGGGCUACGAUCCCGACACCAAGCCUCCCUUCCAGCCAAAGCCAAAGCAGAAGGGCCGCAGCUCCACAGCAAGUCUGGUGAAGAGGAAGAGGAAGGUCAUGGAUGAGGAACACAGGGACAAAGUCCGGCAGAGCUUGGAGCAGCAGCCGCAGAAGCAAGAGAAGGCCAAGCCCAUGGGGGCCCGGCCAUCUGCCCUGGACAGAUUUGUGCGCUGAGCCAGGCUCCAGGGGUUCCUGGGAACGACAUUCUCUCCCCAAGAGCACCUGUGGGGAAUGACCUGUUCCCUGGAAUGAGGAGGGAGCACUGAGCCCCCUCCCCCACAGGGGGUGGAAAGCUGACUCCUGGGGGUUGGGGGAGAGGGCUUGGUAUUAAACAGGAAGGUGGGUUUUUGGAUAA